AUGAAACAGACUAACAGGUCGGAUAGUGAUGUCGCUGGAGAACUUAUCAGUACCUACUGCAUCAACCAGUUCCUGUGGGUAUCUGGUCGCCCCAGCUGGCAAGCGCCCCGAGACAAAGUCGCAUACCAAGUCAUACGGAAGCUUUUAACACAGGAGUCAGAAAAGAAGACCAGACGUGCCAAAGAACCUCCUCGUGUCCGGAAGGAGUAUCGCAUGCUGACACGAGCCGAACGCAGACGGUUUCACGACGCCUUGAACAAGUUAAAAGAAAGAAUUCCGAAUACCCGCACAAGCGUGUACGAUACCCUGGCCGACAUACAUCAGGGGAGGACAAUUCUUCAGUCUGUCCAUGGUGGUGCUAACUUCCUUGGCUGGCACAGGGUUUAUAUUUACCUACUAGAGGAGGCCUUACGUUCUGUAGAUAACAACGUCACGCUGCCCUACUGGGAUUGUACGUUAGAUUACGAGAUGGAGGAUCCCACAGAAUCCGUUAUAUUUUCUUACCGAUUUGCUGGCAAUGGUGACGGGGAAGUGACCAAUGGAAAGUUUAAAGACUGGAGACUAGUAAGAAAUGUUGGGUUAAAUGGUAUUCUAAUGAGCAAACAAGCCAUGAAUGCAAUCUUAUCACGUCGGCGGACACGUAGAAUCACAGAACCUGCUGCUCAAAACCAACAUAACAUUGAAUUUCGUCAUAACAGCAUUCACUCCUGGAUUGGUGGAAACGUAGCCUUAAUGAACACGGCAACAAGAGAUCCACUGUUCUUUUUAAUACAUUGCUUCAUUGACUAUAUUUGGUGGCAAUUUCAACAGAAGCAAAUAAAAAGAAAUAUUGACCCGUCUUCUGACUAUCCGAAAGAAUAUGGAGAUCGUUCACAUCGACCAAACGCAAAAAUGGAGGGAUUCACAGGUUAUAGAAACCGGGAUGGAUAUUCCAACCACUGGACUAGGGAUAUCUAUACGUAUCAACUGUCUCCAGAAUGUCCCGAUUGUGGUAAUUCAACAUGGCUCAAUUGCAUUCAGGGAGUAUGUGUUUCUAAAGCUCAAAUCAGGCGUGGACGGGGAAGAUCUAAGUUUAAAAUAACUGAACAAACUGCCCAUGUUUCACAGACGAGAACUAUGGGCAAACUUUUUGAUGCAGAUCAUCGUAGGAACUUAAGUAAUGAACAUAUGUCGAAGAUGACAGCACAUGACAUUUUCUAUGGAAAAUCUCCAGCACAAAAUACAUUCGAAAUAAACGGUAAAGCGAGCACAGAUCAGUGGGUGUUUUUGCCAGUAAAAGUUAUUAAUAAGAAAUCGGGGGAUCUUGUAUAUCACUCUUAUCCUGUAUGGAAUAAUGACAUAUACGCGAUAUCAAAUUCAGAAGCUUUGUCGUCGUUCUUACCCAAACAAAGCGCUGCCAAGUACGAGCAUUGUAGACGGUCACGGAAUGGGGCUUUACAAGUGUUCGUACGUGUAGAUGGUUUAAACUAUGAUGGUCAUUUUAAAGAGCAGGCGCUGACCGACGACCGAUUACCGUUCUCGUCAGGAUAUACUUAUAUAGCGAUAAAACGCCCCGACCAUACCCCUGUAGAACUGAUGAGUACCGCACAUGAUGAGUGCGGGCGAAUGUGUCGACCUAUGUGCCGGACCAGAGGUGUCCCCGACUACAUCCCGUGUACUGGGCACAUGCGCAUAAGUUCCAAUGAUAGUGAUAUGUUUGCGUCCACGGUGACGGAUGCCAUGCUAAAGGUCUGGAAGUUUGAAAACGAGAAAAACUCUUGUCCAUCCACUACAGACAGUCGUGUGUAUGUUACCUUUCUCUGUGAUUCUAUGGCAGUGUUUCCGGGGAACUAA